UUUGGCUCAUUACAUAUAGAGCGUCACGGCCACGGUGGCUGGGCCUGUGGGUCAUCUCUGUUCUAGGCAGCAAAAUCUCUGUUCUUAAAUGAUAGAUUUUUACCGAUCAUAAGACCCAUAAUGCAGCUAAGGCGAGUAACAAGAUGCCAUAGAAGAUUACUUGCGAUAGUCUGUAAUGAAGUUUCUUGUUGUUGUACAGAAUGAAGCCUGAGCUUCUAGAGUUCGAUUGGGUAAUAGUGAUAGUCGUACUUCUUCAUAAAAGUGGAGAUCGUGAGAAGAUAUAUUUUUACUAAUCCUUUAGCUUUACUAUUUUACAUACGAAUUAAGAAAGGAUUAGAAGAAAAAAAGCACACUGUUGCAGGUUAUCCUGUCAAAUGAAACUAGCAAGCAUGAUAGCAGGCCUUUUUACUGAAGAUCUUCUAAAAAAGAGAAGGAGCCCAAUGAUCCGAAAAAGAGAAACCCAAUCAUCUGAAAAAGCAAAGCAGAUCUGCCCCCACUUGCUGGCGUUGCAAGCCUUUGCACCAGUUGCAAGAAACUUAGAAGGAGAAGACAGCUAUGUGCGCAGCUCAAGCACAGCUCGGUGUAGUAGAGUAGAUUCUUUUUCGGAGUUUUCGUAGUCGUGUUGAACGCUCACCUCUCCGAGGCGAGUCAAUUCCUAUCCUAUCCUCUGUGUUCUAUAUUCUUGAGACAUAGCUUUAGCAGAAGAGUCUUCCAAGUACAUUUCUCAUAGUUGUGUUGCAGUUCUGCUUGAGGAUCAACAGCCCUAUUUGCAGCUCUACUUGACGACUAGAAAAAGUCAGAACCAUACGGUCUAACUUCUAAAUUAUCAAC